AUGCCCAUCAAAACCGUAUAUACCUGGCUUCCAGUCACUGUUGCAAUGUAUCCCGAGACUGUGCCCAUUGUAGGCGAACAUGACUUCGGAAAGGUCGCUUCGAUCCCUGAACAUCUGCCUCAUUCCACCGCCUCUAACACCUCCCUACCUCUCCGACUCCACACCGAAGGACAUGGCAUCGACAAGUAUCCAGCCAAAGUUCACGCCCGUCGCGUAGCAGAAGAGCUCGGAGACGUAAAAGGUCUCAUCGUGCUUGCCGCUGCUCAGUCAAUACUAUGGCCCGACUCGGACAUGCCACAGCCGUUCCGGCAGGACCGCUACUUCUACUACCUGAGCGGAUGCAAUGAGCCAGGCUGUUACGUGACUUACGAUCUACAGAGGGACGUCUUGACGCUUUGGCUACCGACGAUCAACAAGACGAGGGUGGUAUGGCAGGGUAGGGGCAGUACGGUGGAAGAGGCACUGGAGAAGUACGACAUCGACGAGGCUAAGUAUCUCACGCACGAGACGAUGGAGCCCAGGAUCGUGCGUCGAGGUCAUCAGCCCAGCCGACACAACCGUGACCUUCUCAUCAACUACAUAUGUUCCAUCACCGGCCACUCAGAUGAAGUGGCAGCUUUAAGUUCAGAACACCUCUACUGCGAUCGCCUCGUCUCCAAAUUUUGCCCAAAGCACCAGCGAAAGAAUCUCCGUUACGCGAUAGACACAUGUCGAGUAAUCAAAGACGAGCACGAAAUCAAUCUCACUCGGAAGGCGAACAAUACAACAGCCGCGGGCCACGAAGCAGUGCUCCAGCACCUCCACCAGUUGACCAACGAAGCAGAAGUGGAAGCGGAGUACAUGCGCAUCUGUAUAGCUCACCAUGCUAAAGAGCAGGCAUAUAGUCCCAUAGCUGGCUCCGGUCCGAAUGCGGGUGUGUUGCACUAUGUAGCCAACAAUGAGCGGUUUGGAGAUAGGAAGAUGAUGGUGUUGGAUGCCGGGUGUGAGGUUUCCUGCUACGCCUCGGACGUCACACGCACGCUUCCUUUGAAUCGUAAGAAGCCUGGUCACUGGCCAAGUAAGGAGUGCGAGAAUGUGUACAGAGUCGUGGAGGGAGUACAGGAAGCCUGUAUCGCUCUGAUGAAACCUGGCAAUAGUUUCCGAGAUAUCGCGUGGCAUGCUACGAACAUGACUACGCGUGGACUGCUGGAUCUCGGGGUUCUGAAAGGAGAUUGCGAGGAGGUUCUGGCGCAGGGCACAUGGCGGGCUUUCUUUCCGCAUGGUUUGGGUCAUCACAUGGGGCUCGAGGUGCAUGAUGUUUCGCCUGGACCACGACCGAAGGAGGAUUCUUCGAAGUCGAUGAGCGUUGAGGAUUCGCAUAUUGCUGUGCUGCCGCCUUCGUGGCAGCUGAUGUCUUCCUGGCUCGCCACUGAAACCUUGCCUACAUCUACCUCAGGUGCAAGGCCUGAUUAUGCGCUGCUCAAACCAGGGAUGAUUAUCACAGUCGAACCGGGCAUCUACUUCAACUCCUUCCUACUCGAGAAUUUCUUCUUGAAUGAUCCGAAGCAUGCCCAAUUCAUCGACAAGGAAGUUCUGGAACGUUAUAUGGACGUCGGUGGUGUCAGGAUUGAAGAUGACAUUCUCGUUACGAAAGACGGGUAUGAGAAUUUGACAGUGGCGCCUAAGGGCGAGGCGAUGCUUCAGUGUAUUCGCAGGGGUGCUGAGGAGGCGGCGAGGAGGGAGAGGGGUGAGAUGUAUAGGGAGGCGAUGCCAUGA